AUGUUCGAGAAAAAGUUUAACAUUGAAGUACAAACUUUACAGCCUUUACGUGAGUUUCUUGCACAACUGAAAGAAGAAGGUAGUCAGCCACAACUUAUAGACUUUCAUUAUGAAUUUAAUGAAAAUGAAGAUGGAACACAUGACGGUCAGUUUGUUGUAUUCUCACCAUUCAAUGAAGUCGCUAAAGAGAAAGAAAAUCCAUUACGUAUAAGAUUUCAAAUCUCUGAACCAAGUGAUGAUUUCAAGAAUGUUUUCAAUUAUGAUGCAAUGAUUCCGAGGAAAAAUGAAUUUUCAAAGAUUGUAACACCUGACAUUUGGGAUAGAAAGCAAGCUAUAUUAUAUUCAAACUUAAGUAAGGGAGUUGAAAAUGAGUUCAUUGGUCAUACAAGAAAUUCACCAUUACCAAAUCCUAAAUACUAUAAAUUAACUGGCUUCAAUCGUGAGUUUUGGAUAGACAUGUACUCAACUCACGACCAUAAAUGUCCAGUGUUCUUGCCUCCAGAUGGGAAGGACUGUCUCUACAUUGAAGCACAACUCUUAAACUCUACCAUCACAGUAUUGUAA